GCACAUUUCAUGUUGGAAGUUGUAAUAGGAACAGGACAUUUGAAAUCUUCAAUAGCUCUUGAAAAUAUGGGACUUCAAACCUGUUAUAACACUUUUAGACGAAAGCAUUCUGAUUUUCAAGAUGUUAAGUGUCCAUUAUUAAUAUAUAUAUAUAUCGACGGCCGAUUGUGGGAGGACGACUCCGAUUGGUGGUGGUUGGGAAGAACAAGGCUAUUGUGGUUUAAAAAAGAAAAAAGAACUUUAUGGACAUUGUAUGGAACACGUGAUAUAAUGGAAUAAAGCCCAGUCGUAACUUUUGAUAGUCCUAGUUGUAAUAUGAAAAGCUCUCACUAGUCACUUUGUUGUCUUCUCCGACUAAGAGUCAGUGUCUUGUCUUUGUGGCAAUCCGCUGCUAAAUAGUCGGUACAUAAAUUAGUAAGACUACUACUGGAACUCAACAAAUAUGAGUCGCAGAUAAUAUAUAUCUUACUUACACUCGUCGACUGGAUUAGUGCCCAUAAAUAAAUAGAUCGGUAUCCCC